AUGUCUAUCAAGCAUCUUCAGCUUGCAGCCCUCACCGGCGGUUCUGCUUCGCUCCUCUUCAUUUUCCUACUACUAGGCGCUCAUGUGCUCCCAGCACUCGCCGCGAGUGGCAUCAUAACAGCGGCAGCACCGAUCAAGAUCAUGCCUCUAGGCGAUUCCAUCACCUACGGACGGACCGGCAGCUCCACCCUUGCCGGCUACCGAGGACCCCUCUUUGCCCUGCUCCAGCAGUCUGGCUACCAUAUCGACUUCGUGGGUUCAAUGCACAGCGGCAUCGGUUUGGCGGACCCGGACAACGAAGGACAUCCCGGUAUCACUGUUCGGGGGCUAGAUUCCAUUGUUGAGGCAUUUCAUCUGGUGCAGAAUACUGCACCUCAAAUGAUCCUACUGCAUAUUGGAACUAACAAUAUGUAUAAUGACAAGACCGCAAAGAUGGCUCCUAACGACUUAACGAAACUGGUCAAGGAUACGCACGCUCAGGCGCCUAAUGCAAGGAUACUCCUAGCUUCGAUUAUCUUCUCUACCGACCCACAUAUCAACGCUAGGAUCCGGAGGUACAACCAGCAGGUAGAGGCGACUGUGAGGAAGCUCUCGGGCCAAGGUCUUCCUAUAGUCCACGUCGAUAUGUCGAAGGCGAUCACACCGGUGUUCAUGGUUGACCUAAUCGAUAAGGUCCAUCCAAACGAUGCCGGGUAUCAGAAGAUGGCCCAGGUGUGGAUGAACGCUCUACAGAAGGUCCUCCCUAAGCCGAAAGCGAAGAUGCCUUGUUGA